CAAUAUUACCCUCCGAGGUUUGCAACUCCUAAUGAGGCAGCGGCUUUUGAAGCUGAAUGUACGAAGACUGUAGCACAGCUCCUUGCCUUGUGUUUUCCACCUGCUGCCGAUUCUACGCGUUACCAUUGCUCUGGUCGGAUCGUCUCGGUUGAUUCUUCUAUGCAGUGGUAUUACUUGGGUUGUGCGCUUUGUUCCAAAGCAGCCAUAGAUUAUGAUGGUGUUGACAAAUGGUGUGAUGACCACCGUCGAUUGGUGCCUCAACAAACACAGAACUUUUACAAGCUCCGGGUAACAGUUGAUGACAACACUGGAUCAGCAGCUUUUGUUCUGCUGGGUAGGGCCGCUGACCUUCUUGUGGGCUUGACUGCUAACGAUCUCUCUACCAGGUUUCCUUACCAGCGCAAUGUUUUGCCACAAGAACUCCUGGCUCUUGAAGGGCGAGACUUUACUUUUGACGUCCAGCUUCCAAAACCGGAAUAUGGGUCUCGUGGCCCCCCAGAGUUCACGGUCCUUGCU